CAAAAUCGCUUUCACGUUUGCAUUGGAUUUCUUCUUGCGCAGAAGCAUGCCCAACAUGGACGAGUCCACCCCAUCGACGACGUGCGAGACGAGCUUGCGCUUUGACGAAUGCACUGCGGAACUCAUCAACAGGGGCUUCUUAACGCAAGAGAGAUGGAUCGAGCUUGUAAAUGGCGACCUUGUGACAGCUCGAGAGACCGUUCUGAGUCUAAUCGACGACCAGCUCAAACAAGCGGUCCAACUUGCCUUGUCCAAGCAACCGACCGACCAAGUUUUGCAUUCAGAUAUCAUCGCAGCAGCUGCAGGAGGUCUCUGGGGAGCUGCUAGUGCAUGGUUGAAGACGACGCCAAUCUUGAACCCUCUUCCGGCCCCAGUGCGAACAACUUCACUUGUAAGGCUCGACAUGAUAUGUCGUCGGCAAGAUAUUAAGACUAUAUGUCACAGCAAGCGGCAACUUCUGCACCUCGUUCAUCACAGUUCUUGUGGGAUACCGCCAAGGAAGCAGCCCUAAGAAGCAUGGAAACAAGUCGAAAGAUCCGCACCGUCGAUUUCCUCGAGGUCAAACGGUACUGCGGGGACGCACUCACGUGCGAUCACGUCGUAAUUGCCAUUAAUGGGUUCAUGACGCAUGGUUAUAAACCUUCUGUGAAUUGGGAGGCCAUCGGGCGCAAGCGAAGUGUGUCUGGUUUCGUGCUGUUGUGGGAGGCCGGAAACGCUGCCGAGUGGGAUGUGUUCUGCAAUGAAACGAGCGUCCACCUCGAGACGGGUCAAGACGACACAAUCGCUAGUCAUUUCACAGUGGGCAACCCGUGGAAUAAAGCGCAAAACAAAGCCCAUCAAGUUGGCAUUGUUCUCGCCGAACUUUUGAUCUCGCAACCUGUGCUCCUGCGAGGCCGGAAGGUCACGCUGGUCGGCCACUCGUUGGGCAGCGCCGUAAUCCACAGUUGCUUGCAGCACUUGGCCGCCUACAACAGCAAUUCAAACAACACGCCCAUCCACCUCCAUCAAGCGGUCUUUUUUGCUGCAGCGUUCGUACCCGACCAUGACUUUUCCACUAUCGCCGAGACCGUGUUCCAGCCCAACGCAGCUAUCCCCAACCGCAUGCUGAAUGUGUUUUCAUCGCAAGAUCACAUACUCAUGCACUUGUUUUCCCUGGUCAACAUGCACAUCGCUCGCCCGGCGGCGGGUUGCGCCGCGAUCAAGUCGAAUCACGUGCGCAACAUUGACGUGUCCGAUAUCAUUCCCUCCACGCACGAGUCCAUUCUGGGCCACAGCUACGAAAAAUUCAUGGACGCCAUUGUGGACCGCUUGGGGACGACGUUGGACCUUCCCUAUGCGACUGUUGACCCACAAGCAGGCGAAUAAAGUAGCAUGUUAAUUAUCCACCAUUACUUGUAAAUGCCGCCCGAUUUAUUGAAGAUAUUGGCCAUCUUGGCCUUCAUUUCGUCCACUUCCGGGUGCAACUGAAUCUCGUCCAGCACUUGUUUCAACUCGUUACGCAGCGCGGCGUUCUUGGGCUCGGCAACAAGCGCUUCGCGAAGGACAUCCCUCGCCACCGUGAACUUUCCUUUUUGACGGUAUCUAUCCAAUCGUGAUGAGGAAUGUCAUGUGCACACAUCGUCAACUUACGCUUGCGCUUUUCGAAGGCGUGCUUUAGUGUGUCCGGGUUCAAGGGCUAGCACUUUGUCCGCCAACUCGAUUGCUUUGUCCGGGUUGUCCAGUUUUAACUGACACAUGGCCAUGUUUGAAUAGGCGGCAAUCUUCAACUGUGUGAUCGCAACGCCUUCAUCCUCCGUCGCUUUGGAAUUCCCCCUUGCAUAAGACGACAUGCCAUCGCCAGCGACACUCAACCCGUUGACGUACAAGAAGAUUUUGAGAUACUGCUGGACGGCUUUCUUGAACAUGCCCGCUUUGAAGUACAGAUUUCCUUGCUGCUUCAGCAAGUCGGCUUCGGCUACUUUCUCCCCCACCGACAGCUCCCCCAGGCGCGGCUUGUGGCUAAGGACCUCCGCUUCUUCGUCCGUGAAGGCAUAUGUGGCCAUGUUGUGACUGGGAUGUGCGUCC